CGUUUCGAUUUGCCUCCUCGUUUAGAAAAUAAAACUAUUUUGUUUAAACAUUUUUUGAAAAUUUAUCUAGAAAAUUGUUAUUUUAAAUAAAAUAUGGAAGAAGUACAAAGACAUAGCGUUCACACAUUAGUGUUUCGUUCGCUGAAAAGAACCCAUGACAUGUUCGUUUCCAAUCAAGGUGCUCUUCCUGAAAUCGAUGAAAAAUUAGAUAAAAUGAGAAAAGCAGUAAAAGCUAGAGACAAUUACUCACUUGUAUUUGAAAGAGUUAACAAAGCUCUCGAACUGAAACAACUGAAUCCAACAACGGGCGGUCCCGAUGAACCAGAACAACUUGCUAUUACUAAUGGACCAUCUGGAAGUGGAAACAAUAUUGCCGAUCCAAAUAGUCAAGCAUUGGUGCCAGUAACAGAAUCAUAUCAAUCUACUGUUGCUGGACUCAUUAAAACAACUACAACCACAAACAGUGGAAUGCAAUUGAUACCUAAGAAAGCGCCAAGUAUUCCCAAGCCAACCUGGCAUGCACCAUGGAAACUGUCGAGAGUUAUAUCAGGUCAUCUUGGAUGGGUGCGUUGCAUAGCUGUUGAACCUGGCAAUGAAUGGUUUGCAACCGGUGCUGGUGAUCGUGUCAUUAAAAUUUGGGACUUGGCCAGUGGCAAGUUGAAGCUUUCACUCACAGGUCAUGUUAGUACAGUUCGUGGACUUGCCGUCAGUAACAAACACCCUUAUCUCUUCAGUUGUGGUGAAGAUCGUCAAGUCAAAUGUUGGGACUUGGAAUAUAACAAAGUCAUUCGACACUAUCACGGACAUUUAUCAGCUGUUUACUCUCUUGCACUCCAUCCGACAAUUGAUGUCUUGGCAACUUCUGGUCGUGAUUCGACUGCCAGAAUUUGGGAUAUGCGAACAAAAGCUAACAUUCACACUCUGACCGGUCACACAAACACAGUCGCCAGUGUGGUUGCUCAAGAAUUCAAUCCACAAAUUAUAACUGGAAGUCACGAUUCUACAAUUCGUUUGUGGGAUCUAGCGGCUGGUAAAAGUGUCUGCACACUAACAAACCACAAGAAAAGUGUUCGUAGUCUCGUCAUUCAUCCAACGUUGUAUAUGUUUGGAUCUGCUUCACCAGAUAAUAUUAAACAAUGGCGUUGUCCGGAAGGAAACUUUGUACAAAACGUAUCUGGUCACAAUGCAAUUGUCAAUUGUAUGGCUGUCAAUCAGGAUGGUGUGUUGGUGUCUGGUGGAGACAAUGGCACCAUGUUCUUCUGGGAUUGGCGAACUGGGUAUAAUUUCCAAAGGUUUCAAGCUCCCGUUCAACCCGGUUCAAUGGAUAGUGAAGCUGGUAUAUUUGCAAUGUCAUUUGAUCAAUCUGGAUCGCGUCUUAUUACAGCUGAAGCAGAUAAAACUAUUAAGAUUUAUAAAGAAGAUGACGAAGCUACCGAAGAGAGUCAUCCUGUUAAUUGGCGACCAGAUAUUCUUAAGCGUAGAAAAUUUUAAGACACAAAAUAGGUACAUAUAUUAUGUUUUGUAAGAAUAAACAGAAAAUAAAUAGGUCAGCAAUGAUUUUUUUAAAAACUAAU